AUGAGUUGGAUUUAUUCAGAUUUAAGAAAUCGUCUUGAUCCAAACAAAGUAAUAAAAAUUAGUCAAAUUCAUGGUUCUAUUGCAUAUACUUAUCGAGUAGCUAAAGCAAAAACAAUUAAAGAAAAAUACUUAUCAAAUAUAGUAAUUCUGCCUAAUAAUGAAACUGAAAGUAUGUCUUACAAAGAAUCAGAAAUUCAAGAAUCUAAAGAUUUAUUAACCAAUUUGCAUGAAACUGUAGAUACCUGGAUUGAAUCAUUAGAGCAUGAAAAUUUAUUUGAACUAACUACUAAACAUUAUUCUGAUUUGGAUAUUGAUCUUGAAUAUAAUGAAUUUGUUGAAAAUACUAUUUAUCCUGUACGUGAUCCAACUGCUAAAUGGGAAUUGGCUGAAUUGUUUGUAGAAGAUUUAGAAGCACCAUUUUAUUUUUAUCAGUUUGAAAAUAAAACAUAG